GGUAUAUAUGUUUGAAGAGUUGCUGUUAGAUGCGGACUGGAGUGUAAAUGCUGGCAGUUGGAUGUGGCUUUCUUGCAGUUCCUUUUUCCAGCAAUUUUUCCACUGUUACUGUCCUGUAGGAUUUGGGCGACGUGCAGACCCCAACGGUGACUACAUUAGGCGUUAUUUGCCCAUCCUGAGAGGCUUUCCAGCCAAAUAUAUCUACGAUCCAUGGAAUGCCCCAGAGGAACUACAGAAGGCUGCCAAGUGUGUCAUCGGAGUGCACUACCCAAAGCCCAUGGUGAACCAUGCUGAGGCCAGCCGCGUCAACAUAGAGCGGAUGAAGCAAAUUUAUCAGCAACUUUCCUGCUACAGAGGACUAUGUCUGCUGGCAACAGUCCCACAUAAUCACAACAGCGGGGCAAAUGAUAAUGUGGGAGGAGUCAACCCAGGAACUAGUCAAGGGCCAGAAGGCUCCUCAGAAGACGCAUCAAUCCAGAAGGGAACAUCUCAAGCAGGUGCUUUGAAUGCAGAGAAAGGGCGGUCAAGGCAGAAGCGACGGAGUGAAGAAAGCCAAGCCAAGAGCAACUCCAAAUCCCUAAGGCCAAGCAAAUAGUGUUGCAAAAGACAAAAUACAAAGAAUCCCUCAGUCAGCCUGAAUGGCAUCCUCCUCCAUUGGGCCUUCAGCUCUUUCUAAUUUACUGGAACUGAAACUGCCCAUGGCGGAGUUCCAGUGGGGAGUCAUGGAUUCAGAUCCCUGCGUUACUGACAAUUUGAAAGAAUACCUUUCAGACACAAGUACUCCAGCACAGUCAGUUAUUAGCACGAACCAAUCUCCUAAUAAGACAUUCUGGGAAUUUUGCCUUCCCACAGACAAAGGUUGGUACUCUAGGGGCUAUCAAGCCAACCUUUUGCAAAGCCAAAAGACAAUGAAGCAGUGUUCAUUCGCCUUACAGGACUAUUGGUUUGUAAAUGGUCAGCUACACAUCUAAGUGAAAAGUUCUUGUCAUGCCUUUAGUGUUAAACCCCAACGACUGUCAACAUACCAUGAGAUAUAUUCAAAAACCAACUUCCAUGAGUGAGGUAAAAUAUCAAACCAUUUAUAACCGAUUGGUUUCACACACAUUAAGCUAAUAAGAGUUUAGUAUAAUACAAACCCAAUUCCCAUGACAUUGGGGCAUUAUGCUAAACAUGAAUAAAAACAGAAUACAAUGAUUAGCAAAUCAUCUUCAACCUAUAUUUAAUUGAACACCACAAAGACAUUAUAUUUAAUGUUCAAACUGAUACACUUUAUUUUUAGCAAACAAUCAUUAACUUGGAUUCUUUUUGGCUGCAACACAUUCUGCAAAAGCUGCGACAGGGUCAUCUUUACCACUGUAUUGCAUCAUCUUUUAACAACAUUCAGUAAACAUUUGGGAACUGAGGACACUCAUCGUUGAAGCUUUCUAGGUGAAUUUCUUUCCCAUUCUUGCUUGAUGUAAUGAUGAAUAAGACAUUGCUUGGAUGGCAGACUAUUAAGUUACUCCAAAACCUGUAUGUACCUUUUAUCAUUACUGAUGCCGUCACGGAUGUAAGUUGCCUAUGCAUUGACACCUGUGUUUUGUCGUGUAUUCACUCAACUACACGUUGAACAUGUUUUGCAAAUCAUUGUAUUGCGUUUUUAUUUAUGUUGAAAACAGCGUCCCAACUUAAUUGAAAUUGGGUUUGUGCAACAACCCUGAACAAGAGUAAUUCAGACAGUGUCUUUUAGGAGAUUUUUCUUUGUAUUGCUGUUGAACUGUACGGAAUUCCUUCAUCUUAUUUACACAAGCAAAUUGAGUCUGUCCCAAGAUAUUUUUUUUCGAUUCGGUAUCUGAUUGAAAAUGACAGUAUCAAAUC